GCCCCCCAGGCCUGGGCCACCCCAUCGCUCCCGCGCGCGCCGCCUGGCCCCGCGUUACUGGCGGAUGCGACCCCUGUUCCGCGAGCUGCUGGCCAACCACGCGCGGUGCCCCUACGGCGCGCUGCUCCGCGCGCACUGCCCGCUGCGGGUCGCGGCCGACCCCGACGCGGACUCGGACGCGCGGCGCCUAGCUCAGCUGCUGCGUGCCUACUGCAGCACCUGGCAGGUGUACGCCUUUCUACGCUCCUGCCUGCGCCGCCUGGUGCCAGCCGGCCUCUGGGGUUCCAGGCACAACGAGCGCCGCUUCUUGAGGUGCACGAAGAGAUUUCUCUCGCUGGGCAAGCACGGGAAGCUGUCGCUGCGGGAGCUCACGUGGAAGGUGAAAGUGCAGGACUGCGUCUGGGUGCGCUCGAGCCCAGGGGACGGCUGUGUCCCGGCCUCGGAGCACCGCCUGCGGGAGCGGGUCCUGGCCACAUUUCUGUUCUGGCUGAUGGACACGUACAUCGUCGAGCUGCUCAGGUCCUUCUUCUACGUCACGGAGACCACGUUCCAGAAAAACAGGCUCCUCUUCUACCGCAAGAGCCUGUGGUGCGAGCUGCAGUGCAUCGGAGUCAGGCAGCACGUCCAGAGGGUGCAGCUGCGGGAACUCAGGCUGGCCCCACCCACGUCCAGGCUUCGCCCACGUCCAGGCUCCGCCCACGUCCAGGCCCAGCCCAUGUCCAGGCUCCGCUUUGUGCCCAAGCUCAGUGGGCUGCGACCCAUUGUGAGCACAGGUGUGGUGGGCACCAGAGCCCCCCUUCCCCACCUGCACCCACAGGACAGAAAGGUCCAGCAGUUCACCCCGCGCCUCAGGACCCUGUUCAGUGUGCUGAACUACGAGCGUGCCCGGCGGCCCGAGCUGCUGGGCGCCUCCGUGCUGGGCCUGGAUGACAUCUACAGGGCCUGGCGGGCCUUCGUGCUGCGUGUGCGGGCCCAGGGCUGCGCGUCCCAGCUGUACUUUGUCAAGGCAGACGUGUCUGGGGCAUACGAUGCCCUCCCACAGGACAAAGUCGCAGAGGUGGUUGCCAAGGUCCUCAGGCCCUGGGAGAACACGUACUGUGUCCGCCGGUACACCGUGGUACAGAGAGCCGCCAGGGGACAUGUGCGCAGGUCCUUCAGGAGACACGUCUCCACCCUCGCCGACCUCCAGCCGUACAUGAGCCAGUUUGUGGAGCACCUGCAGGAGACACGCAGACUGAAGGACGCCGUGGUCAUCGAGCAGAGCUACUCUUUGAAUGAGACUGGCUGCAGCCUGUUCAACUGCUUCCUGCGCUUCCUCCGAGGCAGCGUCCUGAAUCUCGGGGACAGGUGCUAUGUCCAGGGCCGGGGGAUCCCCCAGGGCUCCAUCCUGUCCACGCUACUCUUCAGCCUCUGCUACGGGGACAUGGAGAACGUGCUGUUCGCCGAGGUGCAGCGGGACGGGCUGCUUUUGCGCUUGGUUGACGACUUCCUGUUGGUGACCCCCCACCUGGCCCAGGCGAAAGCCUUCCUUGGGGCCCUUGUCCGGGGCGUCCCUGAGUACGGCUGCAUGCUAAACCUGCAGAAGACCCUGGUGAACUUCUCCAUGGAGGAUGGCGGCCUGGGCGGCCCGACCCCGCUGCAGCUGCCUGCACACUGCCUGUUCCCCUGGUGUGGCUUGCUGCUGGACACACGGACACUGGAGGUGCGCUGCGACUACACCAGCUACGCCCGGACUUCCAUCAGGGCCAGCCUCACCUUUGACCACGGCGUCAGGGCGGGAUGGAACAUGCGCCGCAAGCUGCUGGCGGUCCUGCGACUGAAGUGCCACGGCCUCUUCCUGGACCUGCAGGUGAACAGCCUGCGGACCGUCCUCAUCAACGUCUACAAGAUCUUCCUGCUGCAGGCCUACAGGUUCCACGCCUGUGUGCUGCAGCUGCCCUUUCACCAGCCAGUCAGCAAGAACCCCGCCUUCUUCCUCGGCAUCAUCUCUGACUCUGCGUCGUGCUGCUACUCCCUCCUGAAAGCCAAGAACGCAGGACUGCCUCUUGGGGCCAAAGGUGCCACUGGCCUGUUCCCCGCUGAAGCUGCCCAGUGGCUCUGCCACCAGGCUUUCGUGCUCAAACUGGGCCGUCACUGUGCCUCCUACAAGUGUCUCCUGGGGCCGCUCCGGACAGCCCAGACACGGCUUCAUGGGAAGCUCCCCAGGGUGACCAUGGCUGCCCUGGAGGCUUUAGCUGACCCAGCCCUGACUGUGGACUUCAAGACCAUCCUGGACUGAGCCAGCUCUGCCAGCUUCAUCUGGACCUGUCCCAGGAGGAGCCAGCCCAGCCAGGAGUCGGUUGCAUUCCCAAGACUGCUACGGUUUGGGAAGGGCUUUCCAGUGCCUCUUGUGGGGGCUGCCCCUCCUCAGGGGAGCGCAGCCCCCAGGCCUCGGGCCUCCAGUGCCGGCCACUUGGAGGCAGAUGGGCUCCCACUGUGGGCACGGGGGCUGAGGACCCACGCUGGCUGGUCUGCGGGAGCACCGCUGUCAAGGCCCAGGGACUGACCAGCAGCAUUGCCCUAGGACUGUGCCACAGGGAGUGGCCCCGUCCUGGGCUCCAGGGCUGCUCCUGAACCCUCAGCCGAUGGCAGUGGCGGUGAACCAGGGCACGGUGCUGCAGUGGGCUGUUGGUGUCAUUGAAAGCUCUGAAGCUUCCUUGUUGCUGGCUGAGGGGGUGCCAAUUCCCUGGCUCUUCUCUCCAGGGUGGAGCUUUGAGGGUCGCCCGGAUGGCAGCGGAGGGUUUACACACAUGGGGGGCUAGCAGUGUGCCUGCUGCCCCUUGUCUGGCCCUGACUUCGUCCGUGCCCCUGGGCCAAGCAGGUGGGCAUUGAAUACGCAGUCCGUGGGCGCUCGGGUCCCGGCUCUGCAUCCCUUCGCGUCUGUUCCGUCGUCCCCACUGCUGAGUGCUGUGGGUUCCUUUGCCUCUCGCAGGCAGCGUGGAGCAUGUGGCCAGGACAAAGCACUGUGUGGGUGCAGAGCUGGGACAUGGUGCCCAGGCUGGGCACACAGGUGGGCUUUAGCCAGUUCUUAGCAUCACAGAGAGAGGUCUGGCUCAGCUGGUCCUCAGGGCAGGGGUUUGGUGACAGGUGGUGGCACGGGCCCAGGGUGGGCAAGGUGGGGUCCUGCUCGUGUGGGAGGCAGUGCAGGGAGUUACAGAGAGUUGGGCCUGGACCUGCUGGUCUCUGGGAAGGUCUGGGUUUCGGGGGUGGCUCUCAGCAUUCUAGUGAGGACCAGGAAAGGAGCAAACAGCCCCUCUCCGGCUUGCUGAGGUGCGGCUGCUCCUGACCAGGCAGCAGUGCAUGACCAGCUCUGGAAGCCUGGUUGUGAGGUGGGGUAGGGCCCAGGAAUUUGCAUUCUCACCAUGGGUGGGGCUCUGUGUGUGGUCCUGCAGUGGAGCAGUGCCCCAGUGCUCCCGUCAGCUCUGGAGCGUGACCAUGGGUAGGGGCUGCCAGGCAUGCAGCCAGGGACAGGUGCAGCUGGGGCCUGCUGGGAGUGAGGGCCGGGUGGUGACAGAAAGGGUUCCCACCCAGCAGCCCCCGGGAGCCCGGAAGGCCUAAUCUGAUCCCUCUGUUCCAGUGCCUGGGUUUCACCUGCGCAGCUGAGGGCUGUUCCGUGGCUUCCGGGACGUGGCAGACAGGGCCAGAGUGUGUGCCCCUUGGACGAGGCCUCCAGCUGAUGCCGCUGGUGAGCCUCACGCCAGGGUUUAUGACAGUGAGGCGUUGCCCUGUUUGUCACUGCUGCUUCGAGAGUGUCCCAGUGACCAAGCCCAUGCCCUUGUGGCAGACCCAAGUCCACAGGGCACCUUGCAAGUGCACUUGCAGCUGAGGUUCCCCGGGAGGGUGAGCACUGGGGCCCUGGACUGCUGGCUUGCUGGCACCAGCAAAGAGGCCGAGCAGCUGUGGGGACAGAACAGGGUGGGGCUCCUGGAGUAGAGGCAUGCCUGGCACACAGCAGGGAGUCCUGCAGGAGGCUUGGGCGCGCCCAACAGGACAGUGGAUCAAGGCACUGUCAACUCAAGGCUCCUGCAAGGAUCCAGGGCCAUUCUGCCAGCUAGGUACCUCUGCAUCAGCUUCACCCAGGAUCCCUUGUGUUUCUGCUGAGAGUCUGGACUCAGCAUGGUUGUGUCCUCUGUCAGGGCUCAGCUCACCCAGUCCUCUGUGCAUCGUGUCUGAAGCUGCUGGGGCUGGGUGCAGCGUGGGGCCACUGCCUAGUGUGCUGGUCGCUGCUGGGUAGGUACCCUUCCCGUCACCACCUGGCCCUCACUCCCAGCCGGCCCCAGCUGCACCUGUCCCUGGCUGCAUGCCUGGCCGUGUAAAGGGGAAAUGAGGAAGGACGGACCAGCUGCUGUCUUCUGGAGGAGCUCCAGUCUUCACCUUCAGCUUGGACGUCGUCUGGCUCCCAGCGCAGACUCUUUGGCAUCUGCCUCGGUUCCUUCAGCUUCUGGUGCAGUCCCAUCACCUCCUGAUAGGGACUUGCACGGACGCUGCAGUGAGCUCCAGGCCUUGGCCUGGAUCCUUCGGCCUCCAGUGUGGAGGCCUCUGCACAUUGCUCAUCCGACUCUGACCACCGUGAGCCAGUCUUGUAAUUUCAUACACAUGUUAUUUCCUGUGUUACAUCUGUUUCUCUGGUAAACCCUGACUGCUGCACCUAGUGUGUGUGAGGCCCUGGGUUUGACUCCAGAAGAGCAAAAAUCAAAAAAUAAAAACUUAAAUGGCGAUAACCAAAUUUCCUCAGGACCGAAUGAAAAUAAAAGCUGGAUGAAAACUGGA